AUGGAGCCCGGUCGCGGCAGCACCGAGCGUGACCCUUUACGCGACGAUUCCGCCGCCAUUUCUCGCGAGGCGGAUGCCUACUCAAUAGCCAGUCGACGACUGUUCUUCUCCUUCCUCAUCUUCGGUCUCCUCAACAAUGGUAUGCUAGAACCUGGACCUCAGCUGACAUCAGUCCUCUAUGUUAUCAUCCUCUCCGCGGCUCUUGACUUGGUGCCUUCAACGGUACCCAAGGGGUUGGUUGCUUUCUUCAACAUCUUUCCUGCUCUGCUGAUUGUCGCCUUCUCCUCUGGCGUCAACCCCCGGCUAUUCGGCAUCUCGCUGGCCUCAUUCUCGUCUGGUCUUGGCGAGUUGACAUUCCUGCAGCUGACCACGACUUUGCCGACAAAGUCAGCGUCAAAGACUGCACUUGGAGCAUGGUCGAGCGGAACUGGCGCUGCUGGAAUUGCUGGCGCCGGCAUCUGGUGGAUUCUGCGUGGCCUCGGCGUCAAAGGAGGGCUCGGAAUAUCUUCGGUCCUUCCUCUGUUCUUCCCCGUCACGUAUCUCUACCUUCUCCCAGCUUGGGAGAGCUUCCAAUCAGUUGAAUACUCCCGCCUCGGUGCGGAUGACGCUGAAGCGACCGAGGUCAUGUUCGAUGAGGACGAGCCGGACAUCAGGGACACCUCAACAAAGCCGCUGAACGACGUCUACCUGACGCCGGCGGAAAAGUGGGCGCUCUUCCGGCCGCUCGUGCUGCGGUACAUGGCGCCACUUUUCUUCGUCUACGUCGAAGAAUACCUGAUCAACUCUGAAGCCGCGCGACUACUACCCGUUCUGGAGCCUGACCUGUGGGUAUCACAACGUUGCCCUGCUGACCUGCAAGACCAAACGUUCGUUUUCCUCUCGCGCUCAUCGCUGUCGAUGGGUCUUCCUCCGAUUCCGAAGAGAUACCUGCCGCUUCCGACCAUCAUCCAGUUCUUCGUCCUCGUGUUCCUGACGCUGCAGGCGCGGAGCUUCAUCUUCUCUACGCCAGAGUACACGCCACCGCACCCGGAACCAUCCUCUGGCGUCGAUCGCGCCAUCACCGCCGUCUUCCUCUUGACCUGUCUCGAGGGGCUCUGUGGUGGGUCCGCGUACGUCACCACGUUCUAUCACGUCGGCCAUGAGGGCGACGACGCCGAGGACCCCGAGAGCGGUCCCGAGGAGCAGAAGCGCAAGAUGGAGAAGGAGUUUAGAAUCGGCGCAACGGGCGCAGCCGAUUCGACAGGUGAGUUAGACGAAGGCAAGAACAACUGA